AUGAAUCCUACUAAUGCUAUUACGCCGAACACUCGCCGUUUGAGGCAUCCCAAUCCCAACGCCUUACGGGGCCUCCCGCAGCAUAUCUUCGCCGCUCUAUCGGAGCUACUUCCUUUUAUCACAUCUGUCUUUUCUUUGCACACGCUUGAUCCCGACCCGAGUGUGAGAAAGGGCGAAGUCAUCUUCUUAGCCGGCUGCUUUAUCGCAAUGGUGGGCUGCGGGUUACUGUCCUCGUUCCUACAGCACAGACACAAUGGGCGAGCGACCAACAAGAAGCGAUCUCGCCGCUCUCUUCACAGAGACUCUCGCAAAAAUUCGGAAGGUACCGUGACCUCCUCCGAGGACGACGGUUAUGAAAGCUCUGGAUCGUGGCAUCGUGCUUCGGAACCUCCUCGGCCUAGUCAACAGGCUCCCGACCAAGUUGAUGGAUCCAUGGAUGCGGAUGAUACCGACCCGGGUCUUCUGAAAAAACACUCUACGUACCUCUCCUACUCGACCUCUGUCGCGAAGUACCCGUCGAUACGGACGUUCUAUCGCCCACAUCCUCAGAUGGACAAAUUUCCAACCGAGCCAUCGCCUAUUCCUUUGCUAGUCUUUGUACACGGUCUAGGCUGUGGACUGUCUUCUUUCGCACCUACAUCGUGGGACGCCUACACAAUCGAGGCGCUAGCAGAGUUACUUGCAACGGCGAUCGAUCAACAUCGCGACAAAGAAGCAGGCCAGGGAGUUGUCUUGGUUGGGCAUAGUCUAGGCUGUUCCAUCUCAGCUCUACUAGCAUCGUCGACGUCGCCGCUCAAACACGCUUUGAAGGAGCAUAUCCUUAGUCUUGUCGCCGUCUGUCCUUCCGGUACACCUCCUUCCUCCAGCGAAACCUCGACGAAUCGCCGUUUACUAAACAUUCCCUCUUUUGUAUUCGAACUCUGGCGACGUUGGGACAGACGUGGCGGUAUUGAUAGCAACAGUGUCACACGGUUUGUGGGUGGGGAGGCUGAUGCCGACACUCGUGGUCUUCAGGUCCGAUAUAACAAGCAAAGCCAAACUCCGGUCUUCAGACGGAUGGCCUGGGGAGCUCUUCCUCAGUACAGCGGGCCCAACGACAAACCAAUUGGCGGGCUUCCAGGAGAGGGCGUUUGGGCGGGCGUGCGAACACCUGUCUUACUUGUGGCCGGUCAAUCAGACACUGUGACCAAGCCAAUAGAGGUACAGAAAAUCCUGAAGUACCUUGGCGAUGCCAGCGUGAGUGCUGCUGAAGGCACGAACGGUAGUGCCGCAAUUCCUGAUGCUUCCGGAUUUGAAGAACAAGGUCCGAAAUCCUCCGAUUCGCGGGCAGACGAGGAAAAGUUCGGUGUCCAGCCACAGGAAGGCGAGAAGAAGAUCACAAAUGGAACUACCGGCUCGGGCAAACCCAGACGCGCAGUGAAGACUGUGAUACUCCCAGCGCCGGCGUCUCAUGGACUUCUGUAUGAUCGUGCGACGUACCGAACGCUGGCCGGCAUUAUCCAAGAUUUCGUUGCUCAACAUGCCGAUCACCGCUUGAAUCUUGGAUGGCAACUACAAUACCUAAACACUUCUGGCAAAUGGGACGUGAAGAAUCUGGCGAAGUGGAAGAAGGUACCACCCGUUUCUGAGCGGAUCGCGAACACAUUUGUGGCUCUCAAAAUGUUGCGAGAAGUCGAUGAGGAACACAACCCGACAUUGUUCUCUCAAGCACACCGCGAUGACAUAUACGCGGUAAUUGACAUCAGCCACGAGAGCCCAGUGUAUAACCCGGCUUCGUUGGAGGCGGGUGGGAUUCAUUAUCACAAGUAUCCCACAGUGUCCAAGAUCCCUCCCACACCGGACGAGGUUCGAGACUUUGUUGCGCUUGUGGAUCGGCUGCAGAAGGAGAUUACCGAGAAGAUGGAAAGCAGCGGUGAGCCAAAGGGUCCACGCCCCGUGAUUGGGGUGCAUUGCCACUAUGGAUUCAACCGCACAGGCUUUCUGAUUGUUAGCUAUCUCAUUGAGCGAUGCGGGUUCGGCGUCCAGGAAGCUAUCGAUGAGUUUGAGAAGCGACGUCCGCCUGGCAUUCGACAUGGGCACUUCAUUGAUACCUUAUUCGUGCGAUACUGCGUUGGAUUGAGGAGAGCACCCACACUUUGA